UUGUAGACAUGUUUACAUUGUAGAGCUUUGUUGUGCUGAGAGAGCCAGCCGGGGAUUUAGCCUGGGAGCCUCAGUUUAUAUCAUUCGAUUUCUACCUCAUUAUUACUACUACUACUAUUAUAACUACUACUACUAUUCGGAGUACUACUUUCCUACUACUAUUGGAUAUCUCUUAUUAAUUGUUGAGGAAUAACAUUCUACUCAAGUUCCUAAAACAACAAAGCUCAAUUAGGUUGAGCUUCGCGGCGCACGUCACCUCCUCACUUCCCAGCAUUCGUUGCCGGGAAUCCCAGUGGCCCUAAAGCAGCCCAUUGACCUUCGCACAUCCAUGGACGGAAAAUACAAAGAGAUCGCGGAGGAGCUGUUCUCCCGCAGCCUAGCUGAGAGCGAGAUGCGGAGCGCGCCCUACGAGUUCCCCGAGGACAGCCCCAUCGAGCAGCUGGAGGAGCGACGCCAGCGCCUGGAGAGACAGAUCAGCCAGGAUGUCAAGUUCGAGCCAGAUAUUCUGCUGCGAGCGAAACAGGAAUUCAUGAAAACAGACAGCGCUACAGAUCUAGAAUAUUUGAAGGACGAGGACCAGGCGAGUUACUAUCUGGAGAGAGAGCUGAUUCCUGAGAGGGAGUACCAGAGAGUCUCCAUUUCCGGGGAGGAGAAAUGCGGGGUGCCCUUCACAGAUCUGCUGGAUGCAGCCAAGUGUGUGGUGAAGGCUCUGUUCAUCAGGGAGAAGUACAUGGGCGAGUCUCUGCAGAGCUUCUGCCCGACCACCGCCCGCUACCUGCAGGAGCUGAGUGACCGGCCCCUGGGGGCCUGCGAUGAGGACGUCCCAGAAACCACUGCUGACCCCACUCACAUGCACCCGGAACCCGGUUCCAAAACCCACCCCUACGAGAAACAACACCUGGCCGCCAUGCCCCCGGACGCUGGCUACGGCUGCCAGAUGGUCGAUGGGGUGGUGCACGUGUUCACCUCCCAAAGCACCAUGGACACGAGCACAGAGCUUGACCUGCCCUAUACGGACCUGCGAGAAUACAUUGCUGAUAUGAACAUGAUGAUGGCCCUCAUCAUCAACGGCCCAGUAAAAUCCUUUUGCUAUCGCCGUCUGCAAUACCUGAGCUCCAAGUUCCAGAUGCACAUCCUGCUGAACGAGAUGAAGGAGCUGGCGGAACAGAAGAAAGUCCCGCACCGAGACUUCUACAACAUCCGCAAGGUGGACACGCACAUCCACGCCUCGUCCUGCAUGAACCAGAAGCACCUGCUGCGCUUCAUCAAGCGGGCCAUGAAGAAGUUCCCCAAGGAGAUCGUCCACGUGGAACAGGGCCGCGGCCAGACCCUCAUGGAGGUCUUCGACAGCAUGAACCUCACCGCCUUCGACCUGAGCGUCGACACGCUGGACAUGCACGCUGACCGCAACACUUUCCAUCGUUUUGACAAAUUCAACGCCAAGUACAACCCUAUCGGCGAGUCCAUCCUCAGGGAGAUCUUCAUAAAAACAGACAAUCACGUGGAGGGGAAAUACUUCGGUCACAUCAUAAAGGAGGUAAUGGCUGACCUGGAGGAGAGCAAGUACCAGAACGUGGAGCUCAGGCUGUCCAUCUACGGCCGGUGCAGAGACGAGUGGGACAAGCUGGCCAAGUGGGCGGUCAUGCACCACGUCUACUCAGACAAUGUGCGCUGGCUUGUGCAAGUACCGAGACUCUUUGAUGUCUACCAUACCAAGAAGCAGCUGUCCAGCUUUCAGGAGAUGUUGGAGAACAUCUUCAUGCCCCUGUUUGAGGUCACCGUCCACCCAGGCAGCCACCCUGAGUUACACCUCUUCCUACAGCAUGUGGUGGGCUUCGACAGCGUGGAUGACGAAUCCAAGCCUGAGCAGCACAUCUUUAACCUGGACAGCCCGCUCCCAGCUAGCUGGACAGGGGAGGAAAACCCCCCCUACUCAUACUACCUCUACUAUACCUACGCCAACAUGACCGUGCUCAAUCACCUGCGCAGGCAACGUGGGUUCAACACCUUUGUGCUGCGUCCCCACUGCGGAGAGGCAGGACCGAUCCACCACCUGGUGUCUGGCUUCAUGCUGUCAGAGAACAUCUCCCACGGCCUGCUGCUGAGGAAGGCUCCCGUCCUGCAGUACCUGUACUACCUGGCCCAGGUCGGCAUCGCCAUGUCCCCCCUCAGCAACAACAGCCUGUUCCUCAGCUACCACCGCAACCCCCUCCUGGAGUACCUGUCGCGGGGCCUGCCGGUCUCCCUGUCCACAGACGACCCCCUGCAGUUCCACUUCACCAAGGAGCCUCUUAUGGAGGAGUACAGCAUCGCGGCCCAAGUGUGGAAGCUGAGCUCCUGCGACAUGUGUGAGCUGGCCAGGAACAGUGUGUUGAUGAGUGGCUUCUCCCACAAGGUGAAGAGCAACUGGCUGGGCCCAUACUUUGGGAAAGAGGGCCGCGAAGGGAACGACAUCAGACGGACCAACGUGCCUGACAUCCGCGUGGCCUACCGAUACGAGACCAUGUGUGAGGAGCUCAACCUGAUCAUUCAGGCCAUCCGCACAGACCAGCUGGAGACCAUCGAAGAAGAGGCCUGUCUGACUAUGAAGGACUAGAUGCUUCCAAGAAACAUCAUUACGAAUCAAGUCAAGCCCUUCUAUUUUUACAUUGGGACCAAGUCAGAAUUUGAACACAAAUCACAAAACUUUUGAAACCAGAAGUGAUGGUGAAUUAAUUAAAAAGCAGAAAUGCAUUACUAGGAGACUGUGAGUUACCAUGGCUUAGCAAUGUGAAAGGGGCCCUGUUAUGGCCUGUUUUAAGGGUCUACACUAUCCGAAGUGUUUAACGUUCUAUUAUUGUUGUGAUUGUUGUGGUUCAAGAGUUCCUUUUGUAUUCACUGUAGUCAGUGUGUUUAUUCAUGUGGCCAUAUUCUUUUAAUUUCUCCUUCCUCUAGUCUGUAUAUCACGUCAUUUCUUUUUGCACAGCAUGAACGAGAGCAACUCUUAAGAUAUUGUUAUCAACAUUGACCAUGUCGACUUCCAAUCCUCAUAUUAGCGGAUAGCAGUGAGGCAUUGCUCCUUUCUGUGAAGUGCUGUAUUGUGCAUUGCAGUAUCAUACCAGGCUGUUAUUGUGGGUGUGUGAAAUCAUCAAUACAUUCACCUUAAUGCACGUAUGAAAGGCUGAUUUGAAUUCAUACUUGCAUAACCAUGGGAACCGGAUCAUUAACCACAACACUGCCAUGUGACAGGCCUCAGCGACAUCACUCCACAGCCCCACCCUACAGGUUUAUAUCUAUUUAGUUGUUUCUGUAAUGUUCUUUGGCCCAUCCAGUGUUUUCCAGUGGGGUGAUAAAUUGACGUGAUGUUGUAACUCUGUCAAUGCAUGGCCCCUUUGUUUGAAAAAGGGGCAUGGUAACUAUGUCUACCUUUACUUAACCUGGCUUUAUUUUGACAUUAUUUGAUCAAAACAAGUCAAGCAUACAUGGCUGAAAGCUGUGAAUCAUUAACUGUGCUGGAUCUAAGAACGCUAAAUUCACAAGGAGAAAAAAGCUAUUAGCGACUUGAACCUGAUCAUGCUGUUGAUGUUGUCUAUCGGCUUCCAUGGCUAUAUAUUAUUAGCCAUGAGAAAUAGACUAAGGACCUCCUUGCAUUGGUCCAUUGUGAUAAGUUCACUAAAGUAUAGCACUGAUCUCCAUGUCAAAAGGUGAUUAAAAAACAUAGUUAUUGCUACAGUUGACCAAUUGAAGGAGUUUAAAUAUUGCUAUAAUACUUGGAUGCAAAGGUUGGGAAUAUUUGUAUAGAUUUGACAUUAAGGUAAAUACAUACCGACAGCGCUAUCCAUGGUUUGAUCUGUAUCCAUCAAUGCAAGUUUAGGUCAUAGUAUGGCAAGCCGAAUUGUCAUUUACUAACUAAGUUUGACUAUACGGAAUUAACAUUGUAGAUAUCAACAACUUCUUUCUGACUAGUCGUAAUAUCAUUUUGAAUACUUGGAAUUUUCAUUCAAGAUAUCUGUAAUGUAAUUGUGACUAGUCGAAACGACAGAUAGAGAUAGGCCUAUCUGUAAUUCAGUUUUGACUAGGCGAAACUGAAUUACGUCACGGAAAAAGACAUUAAACUCGUCACACAUCUUAAAUGACAAUUGACGAUAUCUGUAAUUCAGUUUUGUAUGGCAAGCCGAAUUGUCAUUAACUAUGUUUGACUAUCCGGAAUUAACAUUGUAGAUAUCAACAACUUCUUUUUGACUAGUCAGAACAUAAAAAACAACGAAGAACUUUAAAAAAAAAUAAUAAUAAUUUAAAAAUAACAGUUAACAUGAGUAAGAAGGACAUAUCAAAAAAUUGAGCUAUUUCCCAAACUGUCAACAACGGAGGUCAAAUGUUUAUGUAGACUCUGUUGUCUUGUCCCCUGGAUGGGGACAUCCUUUUUACAGGGCAAGAAUCUUUCAUAUAUUUUUUUAACAGCUUGGCCCCCACCUCUGAGGGGUGGUCUGUGAGGAAACGCUUAUAAUGGGUUGACUUGGCCAAGAGGGUGGGACUACUAGUGGUGGACACGGGGUAGCGUGGAGGGUAGGCCAGCGACAGCAGCAUGGGCUAUCUGCCUAGCAGGUAGGAUGCGUUAGAUGGAGGAGCCAGCGAUGAGGGGACUGGCUCAUGGAAUGCAGAAAAGAAUAUACGAGACGAAUUAUACUUUUAUUGUUUAUUGGUAUUAUUGGUCAUUUUUCGAGGCGCAAUACAGCCCACCUCUAUAGCCAGUACUAUGGCAGGGCAUGUGCCAAGUUUGGCAACGCACAUGGCCUCGCGCCUGGUUUUCAAUCAAUCUUUUCUUUAUUUUAAUAGAGGCAACAGAAAAAGAAAAGAAAACUUGAGUGUGGCCCCUUCACCAAAAAGGGAUUCAUACUUUGCAGUCACGUGACUACCAUGGCUACCUGGAGGACAACAAACGCAGGCAAAAUGGCGACGAAUAGCGGCCAGCCAGGGGAAUUGCAGCCUUGCAGAUUUCCAAUAGGCCUACUACAAUCAAUCAACUAUUUAGACUAUAAAUGUUCAAAUUAGAUAUCAAGAAAAGAUAAACAUA